AUUGUGGUUAUUACAUGUACCUUUUGUCUCCAUGGUUAAAUUUCUGCAAUAUUAUCAUGUCAUUUUUCUGCACCGUCCAUCGUGAGAGGUGUGUCAGUUUGCACCAUUAUUGUUUUCUAGAUAUUUCCGUUUCCUCCCGUAAAUAGCACUGGCCUCUAAGGAGAAGUAGCUAGUUAGUUCCUUGGGUUAAUUUAUUUCCCUGUUAUUUUAGAUGAUAGGACCGAUAUCUAAUCAGUCACACAUGAACCCUGGCUCAGUUCCACUUCAGCAACCAACAUCAGGGCACAUGGGUCUUCCAGGAGAGCCAAUUGAAAACCAUUUGGGCAGUUUUGCUAACUUGGGAUCAAGCUUCGCUAACUUGGGAUCCACAACUAACCUACAUGCAUUGAGUAUGACAUCACAUCUUGAUAACAUUGUUCCAAAGAUUGAGCCUGGUAUUACAACAAUUGCUGGAGCUGGAGGGGUGAGUACUAUAAUGACACAAAUGCUUUUGUGUGGUGCAUCCACUAAGGCAGUGUAGAUCAUCGCGGAAGAACUACAACCCAUUGGUUUUUUUACAGAAACAGGCCCUGGCAGGGUCUGGAGGUUGUUCACUUGUAGGAAAGGGAGGGGGAUCUUGAAUUCUAAGUUGUCAAAAAAUGCUGGAAAUUUGAUUGAGAUGAUCAAAGAGGCCCCCAAAUAGCCUAAAAUUGGAUUUGGGCAUGCUGAAGAGAUUUAAUAAGGAAUUUGGACCUUUCUCAUGGGGCGAAUAUCUGGGAGUACUGUUGUCCCACACCAGAGAAUUUAGACAGGCUAAACAAUGUGAAAAGCGACUUUUCAAAGUUGUAACUGUAAAUUUACGUUUAUACACACAUUUCCAGUGAUGAAAAGUCCCAUUUUGCUUUUAAUGUUAAAAUUGUGGAAAUUUUUACAUGAUUAGAUCCUUCCAUAAAACCCCUAUUAAUUGCAAUUAUUAUAUAUGAAGCCUGAGUUUCAUAAUUCUAGGAACGAUCAUAAAAAUCGCAAAUUGCAUGUUGGCAAUGUAGGCAAAUUAUAAUUAUAUUUAGUGCAUGUUUGCAUUUUAAACAUUGUAUCGGGGUUCGUAGCGGUCUUUGAAGUCCUUGAAAGUCUUUAAAUUUGAAUGCAGGUCUUUAAUGUCUUUGAAAAGUCUUUCAAUUGUGUGAAAAAGCGAAGAAAGUCUUUAAAAGUCUUUAAAUUCUUUAGUGAGUAUUUGAUUAUACGAUUUCCUAGCUAAUAAAAUAGAUUGAUUGAAGCAAGAUUUUCGCAAAUAUGGACGAAAAGGCGCAUUUUAGGAUGUGAUUUGACGGGACUAAUUACAGGGUAAAAAUGUUGCUUACACUUGCAAUUUUUCGACAGCUGAUUGCUCUCAAAGGUCUUUGAAAAGUCUUUGAAAAUAGGCAGCAAAAAAAUUUGAAAGUCUUUGAAUUUUUUUGGUCUUGGAGAUACCCUGAUUGUAUGUACCACUAAUCCCGAUGACUCCUUUACAGAAUGCACCUUCUCAAACACCAACUGCUGACCCUGAGAAGAGGAGACUUAUCCAGCAACAACUUGUUCUGUUACUUCAUGCACAUAAAUGUCAAAGACGGGAACAAAACAUGACAAAUGGUGAAGUGAAGUCUUGUAACUUACCUCACUGCCGAACCAUGAAAAAUGUUUUGGCCCACAUGACAGUUUGUACAUCGGGGAAAUCGUGUCAAGGUACUGUAUGGUACUAUUGUAUUGUACUCCUCAUUUCAUAGAAUGUUAUUCACAGUUUUUAUACAGGAUUUUUUUAUUAUCAAAUACAACUGCACUGUAUAGGUCUGAUCAACUAACUUGCGUUCAUAUCUUUUGCUACCCAAUUCACUCGCACAUAUGAUCUCAAUGCUUGGUUAUAUUUGUUCGAAAGUUCUUCGCUCACAUCAUCAGAACAAUGGUAACCAGGCAUGUGAGUUAUCAGAUGUGUUAUUUUAAGUGAUUUUGGUAGCAAUAGGUGUAGACUUGCAAGGCUCAAAAUAACGGCCGGUCAUUUUAAUAUGACCCGUCAAAUUUGUAUGACGCGAAUUCCAAUAUGAACCUUUGAACUUCGCAACGAAGUUCGGAACAUUUGUGGUCAAAGGUUACGUGAAAUCGACUGUAAAACUUUAGUUGUGUUAUAAUUAUACUGCGUGCAUCUCGGCAUCAACAGAAUCGACAGUCACAAUUCUAGAUUCCCCUUAUUACGUUUUCGUAGCGCUUUGCAUUGUGGUUAUAGUGGUAUCGCUGAUAAAAGUAGCGGCCUCGAAUGAAAAUAUUGAAUGUUUUCGCGAAUAUUUUGCUGUUGGCUAUCGCGCACCUGACCCUAGCUUUUUUUAAAAGUUCUUGCACGGGUCAGGACAAAAAAUAAGCCAUCUUGAAUAUCAGUGAUACCACUAUAACCACAAUGCAAAGCGCUAUGAAAACAUGAUAAGGGGAAUCGUCAAUUGAACUUGAGAACGUCGCCAGCUGAAAUUUGAUCGUUGCUAAGUGGGCCAUGCGUUGUUGUUGUGUCGGUUGAUUUAAAAGAGUAAUGAUUCGUUAGUUAACAUUUUUGUAAUGAGUUUAAUAUAUCAGGGUUCGGUUGUACGAAGGCCGGAUAGUGAUUUUUUUCAUCCGUUGUAAAAUCCCUUGAAUUGCGAUUAAACUACAGAUAUGGCUUCCACAAUUAAUAGAAGGCGACUUGAAUGUUUUAAGGUUGAAUGUGGGGUUAUACCAGUCAACAGCCAAUUUAAGAAAGCUAAAAAAUCACUAUAAGGUGGAUAGGCUAUAGCACUAAAAUUUAAUUGUGUAUAUAUUCCUUUUUUAGUUGCUCAUUGUGCAUCAUCAAGACAAAUAAUUUCACAUUGGAAAAAUUGUAAAAGAAGUGACUGUCCGGUUUGUUUGCCUUUAAAACAUGCCAAUGACAAACGGGGUCAAGGUAUGGAAAAAAUUGUAUAUCUGUUGAACUUUUCUUUUUUUUUUUGGUAUAGUUCACAGGUGUGACAUUGACCAUGAAGUCGAAUGUUCAUAUAUUAAACCUCAUAGGACUAACAUGAUUAAAUAGUACCUGUAUAUUUUGCAGUGGACAAGAUUCCUGAAGGAGCUAGAGGGCCUAAAGAAUGGCAUCAGCAGGUUACAGCAGAUUUAAGAAACCAUCUUGUACAGAAACUGUAAGUGUGCAAACUCUGCUGUUUUGAAAACUUUAAAAACUAUUUUCAAAUGCUCUCUACAUUGUUCUUUCCCUCAUAACUAGCCUGUUCUACUGAUGAUGGAAUGUUGAGUGCACGGCUGACUGGUUGUUUGACGUUUAGCCAAAUAUUGCAUAGAACCUCGUACUUGAUUUGCCUUAAAUUUACCACAAUCAGUCUUAAAUCACCCUGGAAUUUGUUUCACCUUUGUUGAAAAUAAUUAAUAAAUACACACUAGUUACUAUGUAUAAACAUUUUUCUGACUUUUCUUGCAAAAAUACCCAUUUUGUAACAACUGGAUCCGUGACGGCUGACACCUUAAAUCAAGUAUCUGUGUCAAAAUGAACUCCUGCAGAAAUGAAUUGUCUGAUGACAAGUAAAUUUUAUUCAGGGAAACUAAUUUAAGUAAUUUUCAUGUCCAACUUGCCCCGAGGGUGGUCAAAAAUGUAAAGUUACACCACUGCUUAUAGCCUUACACUGGAGUAACCAAGCUGAGCUGACUACCAAUUGAUGAAACCACAGACUUGAGAAAAAGAUGACCACACUUGAAAUGGCAAAACUUCCAUAUUUGUAAAAUUAUUCUUUCAGCCGUCUACUGUACUUUCGCGCCAGAGACGCUUACUUAAAAUAAUUUUGAAAGUUCUGGCUACUGGUGGCGGACAUUGUCAGAAAGAACUAAUAAAAUGUUUACAGUUUUAGUUGAAUACUCUAUUUACUACAGGUAUUCUACCUUACAAUCCUUACUCUUCUACAUUUCUAGUGUUACUGCUAUUUUCCCAACUCCAGUCAAUGACCCCAAAGCUCUCAAAGACAGACGAAUGACAAAUCUAGUUGCAUAUGCAAGGAAGGUGGAAGGUGAUAUGUAUGAAACAGCGAGCAGUAGGGUGAGUUUUGUUAGGAUUCUGUCUUUUUGGGCUUUUGGUAUAGUCUGGAUCCAUACAGGUAUUUCAGUACAGAAAGACUUGGAACUUCUUGUGUAGCACUUAACAAAAUUGUCUAGUUCGCGCCGUUAUAGAUGGCGAGUAAUGGCGUCAUUAGUUUUUUCAAGCAAGCGUAUACAAGAACAGCUGUCGCCAUGACUCGAAAAAUCCCCAUGGCAGGCCUGGCUAUAAGUAGUUUUUUUGUAGGGCUUUUUGUUACAUUUUAUAAUGUAGUGUUGAAGCCAACCUACCCCUACCUAUUGGCCACAGGAAGACUAUUGUUGCAUGUAGUUUAUAAGAUGUGUGCGCAAGGAAAUUGCUAACAAACUGGACAUACAAUUGAGCGGCGCGGACUUGAUUUGUACGUGCUGUGAUUAAAAUAGAUCUAUGAAGUAUAAGUAUGUCUGUAGACUGUUUGAGCAAGUACCAAGGACAUUUUUUGAAUCAUUCCAAAAUGGGUUGCACUAAAAAUAGACAACGGACUUUUUAAAUAUCAAAUUCAAAACUCUGAAUAUGUAAUGUUGUAAGAUUGUCAGUUUGCAGAGCCAGAACGUUAGUUCAAAAUUUGUCCGGAAAAAUGUUCCACCAAAAUCAAAUUUGAUCGGAAACUUUCAAAUUUGGUCGGACAUUUUUUUAAUUUCAUUUUUAUUUCAUGCCUUUGUUGGGUAAACUAAGAUAAAGAAUACUUAAUGCCAAAUACUACAUUUAAUGUUCUUUGCGGGAUGAUUGCAUGCAGCUUAUGGUUAAUUUAACACAGUCUUUCAAGAAGAUUGAUUGCUACUUUUUAGUCGGAAAAUAUCCGAUCGUUAUUUCAGGCUCUUGUUUGUCUAUUCAGUUAUGUUAUGUUUCUCUUUUUUAUCACAGGAGGAGUACUAUCAUUUGUUAGCUGAAAAAAUUUAUAAAAUUCAAAAAGAACUUGAAGAAAAACGGCGGAGACGGUCGAUGGCGGUUGUUGAUAGUAUGAACAAUCCAGGCGUUCCACAACCCCCAUCACACGUUGGACCAGCCCCAUCAUUACCUGGUGGUGAGUAUUUGUUAUCAUGCAACGUCUGUACACACUAUAUUAUUCAUGUAACUAGCAUUUCUCACGAUGACGAACAUCCGCCAUUUCUGGGUGGCAUCUAAUUCUCGUUAACCAAUGCGUACAAUUAAAACAACGUGAAAAGCAAUUUUUCAAAAUAAACAUUUACAAAGCAAAUUUACCAUCAUUCGUCCAAAAAGUUUUAUAAAAAGUCGCUGUUAUGUGGACUUAUCUCGCAGACUUCGGCUGAAAGCUACCCAAAAAUGGCGGCGUGAGAAAGGCUAAUUGGGAAUUGGCACAUUCAAUGGUUAGGAAGUAAUAUGUUUAUGAGUUCAUCUUUAACAACCUCCACUACGAAAAAGCACGUAACAAAUUAUGCCGUCUGCCAUACUGACUAUAAAAAUGGAUGUGUCGGUUUCUCCUAACAGUUCGUCUAUUAUCGAAAUAAAUUCGUCUGUGUGGACGAACUACGUACGGUACUGUACUAUCGGAGGAUCCGCGAUUAUGUACAUUCUACAGUCAACUAAAGAUAUUUUAGCCCAAUUUCUGUUAGAGGGAUCGUGUAUCUAGUGGUGAGAAUUGGACCAUAUAUUCAAACAGUGUCGGUCAUGCAUCUUCCCUUGAGAAAUUCAUAAAUACACUGAUACAUGUGUAUAGUACAUACGUGACGUCAUUGACUGGAGGGGGCUACUUUAUACAGUAAGCCCUAGCAUUCUGUACGGGCCGUUAGCUAGUCCACUAGUCCCCCCCCCCCCCAUCAGGGCAGGAAAAAAUAAUUUUCUUCCUGGAAGCACAACCUGCAAAAUCUGCAUGUGCAUAAACAUACUGUAUAGUGUUCUAGCUGACCAUGAUUUUAAAUUCAAGGAAUAAUAUCUGUCAACCAUAUGUUGUUGCGCCCAUAGUGGGACAUGGGUGUUAAGGUUUCCUUUCAAAUUUUCAAUAGCAAAUCUUCAUUCAAACCAAUUUCCUGCAGCUGUUUAACAUUUCCUGCGAGCGCUGCUCGCCUAUUUUUUCCGCCCCCUGCCCACCAUUUCCAGCAAAAUCCGGCCUUGGUAAAAUUAUUCUCACAGUUAUAUUACACAGUUAUUCAGAUGCGAUUCAACGUCUUCAUUUUUGUCAUUUUACGUCAUCUUUAGUGCCAUCAUUUGGAGAGAUGAAUGGAGACAUAAGCAACGCGGAGGUAGCCUUGGCGAAAGCUCAGGCAGUCGCUGUUGCAGCGAAGAACAGGCAGACACCCGCCCCGAUGGCUACAGGUAUGCCUCCUCAAACAUCACUACCAAACAACACUAACACAGUGACGAACCAAACACUGCCUAUGUCGUCGCAACCUCCAAAUAUGCCUCAGCAAAGUAUGAUGCAUCAGCCAAUGAUGCCUAGUCCAGCACCGCCAAUGCAAACGCAUAAUAUUGGUAAGUCACCUCACAAUGCGGGCAAUAUCUCGCAAUCCCCUCACAUGUCACCUCAAAGGGCAACAACACCUCGUCAGUCGCCUGGACCUUCGAUAGCGAACAAACCUGUAUCUCAAAUGCAAAAUCCACAAACUCCCAAUGCAGCAACUCCACAACCUACCAAUUCACAAACGCCGGGAUCUCAAACGCCACCGAAGGUGAGUCACAGACUUUCCUGUUUUACGUUUAUGAUAAGAGUGAGCGCUCUCCAUGUUUCAAUGGAGAGGUUCACAUUUGACUUCCACUACCACUAACGCACCAUUAAUGGAUUAUUAAGCCCAUUUUCCACUAGGCGAAUUUUGUUCGCGCGAACGGUAAAAAAGUAUGAACUGAUCCAGCUUUUUCGUGCUUUAACCAAUGAGAUGUGUAUGAUAUACCCGAUUAACAAAUCAACUGUGUACUAAGAAGUGCUAUGUUUUGUGUCAAAACAUUCAGGAAUGCCACUAUACAUUCCUGCAGGCUGCAGUGACGAUAAGAAGAAAGCUGCGGAUUGCUAGGGAUACAACUACCUGAAAAAUACAAGCAGAAUUUCGACGUUUCGAGCGAAGGUCCUUCUCCUUUUGCUGCUAAACUGCCAAUUAACUAUUAUCAGAUCUCAGCAUAAUUUCUCGCGCGGCACCACGUUUGACGCAAAAACAUGACGCGGUUGUGUUAAGAGGAGAUUUUUUUGUAUGUUACGUAACACGCGCUCAAAACUAAUGCGUAUAAUAUACCACUUGCGGUUAUGACUACAUUCAAAUUUUUUAUUUUUCGAUACGUUUCUAAAUCGAUUUAAAAUUUAAAAUUUAAAAAGUAUGUUUAGUUAUUUUUAUGAAGAAAUUUUAGAUGGUACGCCAAGGAGAAAAUGAUGUCUGAAGUUCAGUGGGUUUUGCUUAUAUUGCUGUAGCCCGCGUGCAGGCCCAAGGGAACUGAUAGUGGGCCUGCAAGCAAGGCCCGGUAUUUUGUACUUUCCGCGUUCGCCCACGAACGCGGCAUUCUGAUUGGCUGUUUGCUGUUGGAUUCUAUAAUUAGGUCAGUGAUUCAUCACAAAGGCUCUCGAUAAAUCUCGAUAACCUUAAAAUUCGAAAUUGAUCACUUUUUCGAUUACAAAUGGAACAAGAACAGACUGUUCAUUGUUUACUUGAAGGAAGAGAUGUUUUUGCCGUUAUGCCAAUGGGGAUUGCUUGUCGUGAAGUGUUGGAAUAGCAACAUUACGACUGGGGUAAACUAUAGUAACCUUUACCACAGAGCCUUUAAUACACUUGAGUUUCAUUAAUUUCAAACAGACUUGAUACGUUAUAUGUUCCUCGAGAAAAUGAUCUUUUGGUUGAUGUUGAGAUGCAUUUGCAUGUAAGCCUUUUCGAAACACUUUGCGAUUUACAAGGCUUCGCUGAGAGAGCGAAACAGAAGACGGUAUUAAAUUGCCGUUUGGAACGAAACGAUCUGGACUCUGAACGCUCUCUUCUUUGGUAGAGUUCUUUACCAAAUGAAAUAACUGAAAUAAAUUUCGUAUUUUCCGCCGCCAACAAGAAUUGCACACGAUCUGAUAAGUGAGACAAUUUAUUUAUAACAAUGGCGACAGCGAAGCACACAUUAUAAAUGCUAAUGUGGUCGCACGACUUCCCUCACGAUUUGAAGUUUGAGACUGCUUUUCUGUUCAAAUUCGUCCUAAUUUGCCUGUUCCGAUUUUAGUUGAAAAUGAGCACCUGCAAAUUUGGCAAUUACUGACUGCGUUGCUUGCUUUCUUGGAGUUAAAACGCAGCCCGCAACGCGAGUUUGUUUGUUAAUAUUUGGGUGCUGUCAUUGGUUCUUUUUUGACAAUUGACGCGCGAAUGGGGCGUGUUAUGAAAAGGGGCGUUUUACAAAAUACCGGGCCUUGCUUGCAGGCCCACUAUCAGUUCCCUUCGGCCUGCACGCGGGCUAAUAUUGCUGUAAACAUGGCGUCACUUUUAAAUCAUCAUUAGUAAAUGUAUUUUAAUUGACAAUAUUUUUCUAUUAUUUUAUGUUUCUUAACCGGCAAAUGCAUUCAGAAAGGUUGCUAACUGUAUAAACUAGGGAAUAAAGCUAAAACAAGGCAAUUAUGAGAGGUACGCCAAAAAGAUUUUCCGGUUUUGAACACUUUUCAUCGCAAAUACGGGACAGAAAAAAAAAUUUUCCUCUUAAUAAUAAAGAGGAUCAGAUGUGUUUGAUAUAUCCGAUUAACCAAUCAGAUGCGUUUGAUAUAUCCGAUUAACCAAUCAGAUGCGUAGUAUGCCAGUGAGAGGUAGCGGUUGUGGAAGUCAAAUCUGAUAUCUAAUAUCCUCUCUAAUAUCAUUUGUAUAAGGCUAAAGGCUGAUGUUGUAAUGUGUAUGUGUAUUGUUAUAUUUCAGUCGGUGGAGACUGUUGGUCAAACAACGGCUUCUACUACGGAUUCUCCCAGUCGACCGCAAACCAACGAUAUUAAACCAAUUAUCACUCCUAUAUCGCAACCGAACGAAGUGAUGAAGCCAUCUUCCUCUACUUCAAAUUCCUCUUAUUCUGCACUCAGUACCACUGCGAGAUAUCCAUUUAAAAAGCAUUUCCUUCCCGAAGAACUGAGAAGAUAUCUUAUGCCUACACUUGACAAGCUUUACAAGACGGAGCCUGAAGCUUUGCCAUUUAGGCAACCUGUUGAUCCCAAGAUGUUAGGAUGUAUGGUAAGGAAUUAUAUUACAUUAGAGUUUCAGCCAUGCCUGAGUUUAAAUCAACCCUAAAAUUGACAUCUCUGAUGGACAUGAUCAAUGCGCCCCAUAAAGCUACUGCGAUUCUUUCUAAUCCCUCUAAAUGCCGAUUUGACGAAUCGACCUUUAAUUGACCACUUUUAAUUUAUGUUACUGCUGUAACAUAAAUGAUUGAAUGAAACAAAGGUAUUAGCAAAGUGCAAGGCAAUUUCAGCGCGGUCUAUAAUUUCUGUGUGAUUACACGAGGAAAGAUUCUGGCCGCGGAUAAGGUCUGCCUGAAAUUUUCUUCAUGUAAUCGAACGCUGUGUUGUAAUAGGAUUUGAUCUCAGUUUGGCCGGCAUUAACACCUUCGUCUACCAUACUUACCCGUUUCAAUGGUGAGGUGUUAGCCCAUGCACAUGACCGAAGGAUGACAUGCGAUGACUUCUGUUACAUGGACUUACGUUAUCUUGAGCUGACCACCUCAAGGGCUAACACCUUUACACCAAUUAAUGAUGGAAAUUUUACACGAAUCACGAAAACAAGACAAACAAUAAUUGCUUUUAUACGUUUUCUUCGCACGCGAUAAAUGAUGCCGAACACUCUACCACUCUCAAGUCACAUACCAACCUCGUUCCCAGGCUCUUUGCUCUUGGGAAGCAAAGACCCUGGUCGGAGCUGGUCACGUGACCCAUAGAAAAUUGAUAGCCCAAGAGGGGGGUGGAAAAGUCUCAUAUUACAUGUUUCCACUUCCGCACUUCGCGCUUCAAUUGCAAGGAGUGGCCGUUCUGUACAAUCAUCUAAUUCAUCUUCGAGAAUCAUAUAUACCUCAAACUACUUGAUAAAUUGGGUUCUGUUUGCUUUUAAAUUAUACAAACAUGCUAAAAUGCAGAUUCUUAUUGCAACAGAAAAUUCAGGCAAUCAAGCAAUGAGAACGUAUGACUGUACGCUUUGAAAUAUUUUUAUUUUCUCGGGGGUUCGCCGGUUCGGGCGUUGUUUCAUUUCACGCGUGCGUUUUUGUUCUGGCUCUGAUUUUUAUAAUAUGCUUAUAAUAUGCCAAUGAAUUGUUCUAAUAUGGACACGGUAUAAAUUUUGUUAAACAGAUGUCUCAAAAGCGACUGUUUAUAGGUCGUAGGAUUAGCGCCUUGCCGGUCUUAAACGUGACACAUUUGGACACAAGCCAAAUACACAUUGAAUGUCCAUUCUAUUGAUUCUAAAACUGUUUCAGUUAUAGACAUAUUGCUCUAGAUUUUUUAAAAGGUUAUCAUCGUUUAUAUUAAACACCGGGAAGACAAAAUAUAACGUACAAAAUUGUUUGAAAUGGACAGUGCACAGCUGACAUACGACAAUUCACAACUGCAUGAAUUUUCUUUUUUGUCUGCACGAGUACCUGUUUGUUGAAGCCAAAAUAUUGCACAGCAUCUCCUAUAAAUUCUAUCGCCAUUUACCCUCUCCCCUUAAAUACAAAGGAAUGACAGCAGAAAAGGUUUAGCAAAGUAUUUUUUAUUACAUCUGGUAAAACUAUAAAGUGUCCUACGUUUUAUCAGGACAAUAUACAUAAUUCAUAAACUGUAUAUGCACACGAAGUCUCGCUUAUAUUAAUGAGUUUUACGGCUGUAACAAACCUUUUAAAGUUUCCAUUGAUAGAUAGGUUGUUUGCCUCCAGUAUUGUUUGGUAAAACAGACUAAACUUCUAAAAUGUCGGUUACGGAAUACGAUAAAGAUUAAAGUUGAUUUAAAUAUUGAUAACUCACAGCGGCAUUAAUCCAUUAUACAAGUCAAAAGAAGCUGGAUUAUUCUUCAAUAAAGCCCUCAAUGGACAAUGCCAAUGUCAAUGAAAGGUCUAAUAUUAUACACGUUGCAAAUUACUGUAUACACAAAAUAUGAAAUAAUUUAUAUAAAGUACAAUACCAGUGUCUGAUGCAUAUAUCGUCCUAGAUAUUCAAGUUGUACCGCACGCACGGAAACGCACGGAGGAGUCUUGGCGUUUGUGUGAUAACAGAUAGCUAGCUACACUUCGACAUUAUCUUUCUUGAUCGUUGAGUUUCAGCAAUGUAAAUGAAAUGAAUUUUAUAGCCAGUCCAUAACGGGUUUUAAUCCUGUGCUUUUACAGUCAAAAUAGCACUAUUGUUUACACAUGUUGGCGAUGUUUGGGAAAUCAAAGGAUCCCGUUAUAAAAUAAAUCUUUUGUUUUGAAUAUCGCACAGGAUACACUUCAACUAUAAACUAGAAAGAACCAUAUCGUUCGUUUAAUACCGUUUGAUCGAUCAUUCUGUGUAGAAGAUAUGUAUGUUUCUACGGCGAUACGUGCUAAACUUCGCAAGCCAGGCGCGUGUGGAGUGCUUUCCUUGGAAGUGAAAUAUGAUCCAGCUUCUCGCUUGAAAUGUACCGCAACACUUAAUAUUAUUGAUGACAUUCAGUACAGCAGGACGUCUUGUCAUGAUCGGUACAAUUUAAAACAGUUCCUUUCACAAUCUCUUGUUGCAAAUUACAUUUUUAUCACCCGAAAUUAUAACACAUAAAGUUGCAAUUUUCCAAACGCAACAAACAGACUCCUCUACUACCCCUCCCUGAGGUCAAAUUCAAUUUACCCCCAAAAUCUGGGGGUUCACGUGACCAGCUCCGACCAGGGUCUUUGCUUCCCAAGAGCAAAGAGCUGGGAACGAGGUUGGUCACAUACCCCCGCCCCCCUCGGUUACGUGGCGUGCUGACGUGUCGAAGCAUGUUUACAUAGCUGUUAAGCCCUGGGCAAACUGGGAAACAUUGUUUCCUACCAAUAAUUCGCCAUGUUUCCAAGAGUGGGCAAAUACUAGGAAACAUUAGUGAGAAACAUAGGGAAACAUCAAAUGUUUCUGAAUUCGCUAGGAAACAUUUUUGCUCCUCAGGAAACAAAUUUUGUUUCCGCAACAAUGUUUCCACGGGUAGGCAAACAGGGAAUCAUUUGAGGAAACAUCGAGAAUCACAAAUGUUUCCACAACAAUGUUUCCUAGUUUGCCCAGGGCUUUAGCCUUGGUUAUUGCAUAACCUCGUGAAAUUUCAGCUGUGGCUGAUCAGGCUGAGACUCGGCCUGCGCUGAACACUCCAUGUAAUCAGUCUCUCGGUUAAUUAUAUAUAUUUCAAAUCCAUUCAGGAUUACUUCGACAUCAUAAAGAAGCCGAUGGAUUUAACCACAAUCAAGAGGAAGUUGGACACGGGCAUGUACAAGGAUCCUUGGGAGGUAUGUGUACUCCGUCUACAAAAAAACCUUUCAACUGUUAGUUCUAUCGAGCGAGAUACCUAAAGAAAUCUCGAUAUUUACCCAUACCUUAUAAUUUUAGUUUUACAAGCUUUGUCACAACAAGAAUACAUGACAAAUAACAAUAAUUCUAUAUAUAUAUAUAUAUAUAUAUAUAUAUAUAUAUAUAUAUAUAUAUAUAUAUAUAUAUAUAUAUAUAUAUAUAUAUAUAUAUAUAUAUAUAUAUAUAUAUAUAUAUAUAUAUAUAUAUAUAUAUAUUAUGCGAUCCCAAAAUGACAAAACGUACGAUUUACAAAUUUACAAGUACAAACAAGUACAAUUACAAAUUUACAAGUAGUUGUUGCGCGAACAUACACACAUAUAGACACAUAUAUAUGUAUAUGUAUAUGUACAUAAUAUCUAAUUUAAGAACAUCACGCAAUAGGUUUGGUUAGGUCCCGGGCCUGGUUACAUUUCAGGAAAAUUGUUAUACUGGUACCACACACAAUAUAAUACAAGACCUUGUGGUUAGAGCUCGACAGCUGGACUCUGUAGCUCAGUUGGUUUGGGCGCUGCACCGGAAUCGCAGAGCCGCAGGAAUCGCAGAGCUGCAUUUUCAGUAUAAAUAAAUUAAAAUGAGCAAGUAUGCCCAUAGGAUGGUUGAAAUAUAUUAUGGAUUGAAAACGGAAACCUAUUACCUACAUUAGUCGACCAUUAAAAUGGCCGCGAAGUAGGUUUGAGCGUGCAAAGCACGACGGUUGACACUUUAAAUUUCACUGCUUUAAAAGAAACUUUUUCUAAACACAAACUAUUGUCCACGCUUCGCGAUACCUCGGAAACGCUCGGAACCCGAGAACCUCCGUCAAUACUGACUAACAUGAGAACUGCAAAACUCGUGUAUUCGUUCAUGCCUAAGUUUUAUUAUAAUUCUGUUUUGUAGUACUGUGACGAUGUGUGGUUAAUGUUUGACAAUGCGUGGCUGUACAACCGUAAAACGUCCAAGGUUUAUAAAUAUUGUUCCAAGGUGAGUAAUAACUUUUCAACAAGAUCAAAGUUUUUUUGUUGUUUUUUUUCUGUGUUGGUGUUAUGUACUCGGGUGAAUAUGAUGUUUGUGAUGUUACUCUGAGUGUAUAUCCACACCGGGCGAGCUUGAAAAAUAUGCCGGGCCACGGUGGGAAUCGAACCUACGACCUUUGGAAUACUAGCCCAAUGCUCUGCCAACUGAGCUACGCGGUCAGGUAGGUUCAAGUAUGUGAUAUUUCGGAACAGAAUCUAGUUCCUUCGUUCCUUAGUUAGCAGAGCAUUAGGCAAGUAUUCCAAAGGUCGUAGGUUCGAUUCCCACCGUGGCCGGGCAUAUUAUUCAAGCUCGCCCGGUGUGGAUAUACACUCCAGUACAUGUAACAUCACAAAUAUCAAAGGAUUAAUGUUUAGGGGGUCGUUGUAUAAAGACUUGAUGUCAGUCAUCAAGACUUGAUGUCAUCAAGUCUUUAUACAACGAAUCUCCCUAAGCAUUAAUCCUUUGAGUUGAUGUCCAUGUGCGUUAGAUAUUCGUAAUAAUUAUUUACAUUACAGUGAUGCGUUAAAUAAUAGUAAAUAAUAUAGUAUUUAUAUAGUUGAUUAUUUUGCCAUUCAGAAACAGCCCGUAACUGGCUGAUGCAUGCUCUUCAUUUGAAAUUGGGCACGUUAUGUUGAACUUCACAUAUUUUCAUCAUUUAGCUGUCUGAAAUUUUCGAGCAAGAUAUAGAUGUUGUAAUGCGAACUCUAGGAUAUUGUUGUGGUCAUAAAGUAAGUAAAACGUAGCCCGUCUACAAAAAUAUUAUUUUAAAUUUUUAAUUUGAAGAACCUCAAACUUUUCAAUAUUACUUGGAAAACAAUUUGGGACAACCAUUAAAAUUUUCUGUAUAGAUGGAAAAUGAAUUUUAUAUACAGGUUUUAAUAAUAUUGCUGUUUAACAUAUAACAUACUUUCAUCAUUUUGUAGUUUGUAUUUCAACCCCAAGUUUUAUGUUGCUUUGGAAAGCACUUAUGUACAAUAACAAGAGAUGCACCUUAUUAUACAUACCAAAACAGGUUUGCUUUUAAAUAAAUUUCAAAACUCGAUAAUCCAUGAGGAAAACACAAAGAAAAAUCAUCAGCGUUUCGUAUCUUUAUAUGUGAUAGAGAUUUCCCUUGAUUUACAUAAACUUUAACUUUGUGAUUUUCUCGACUUACACAACGUAUUUUUUGAAAAUUACUUCGCCAAUGAACUUAUACUAGAUCGAUCGUUUUUGAAGCAAUUUAAAACAUUCGCAUGCAGUGCGUGUUUUAGCAGACCUAAAGAUACUCUGCUUCGCCUCGUAUCUUUAUAUCUGAUAAAACACUGCUGCUCAUGUUUUAAAUAUAUAGUACUUCAACUGUAUAUAUUUUUUAAACUUGAAGCGCGUAUGCAUAACUAUUGGUUGACCACAUGCAUGCAUGACUAUUUGUUGGGUAGAAAUCGUUUCUUAUUUUUUUCGGUUCAACGACAGUAACGUUCACCUUACGGCUUUCAAACAUUGCUUGAAGACUGAAAAUUGUCUCAGCUCUCAACAUGAUUUAGCAGGCAGUGUUCAAGUAUUGUGAAAUCAAUAUUUGAUACUAUUACCUUUAAAUGUACUCCAUGUGCCGCCACCACGAUGCAAGAAACGCCGUUUCAGAGACCCAAAUUUUUUUCCGGGGGAAUUUGUCCCCGACGUCAACCGAUUGUGAACUCUUCUUUAUUAAUUCACAGUAGUAUUUACAGUUGAUCAAUCGAUUUUUGACAUGGAUUGCUCGAUUAUGAGAGUAAAUCCAUUUACCAAGUCAAAUCCGAGUCAAUUCCGAGCCCGAGUCAAAUGUCCGAGUCACGUAAAAAAGACGAAAUUGAAUAUAAUUCACAAUCGAAUAGAGUUAGAGUACUAUAAGUCAUCGAACUACAAAGACCGCUAAACAGUGACUCGGACAUUUGACUCGGACUCGGAUUUGACCCGGUUAACCGACAAACUCUCGAAUAUGAUGGGCCAUUUCUGUUAUUGUUGUUGGGCAUUUUCAUAUCAGUUUUUUUUUUCAAUUUAUUUAUAGGUAUGUUUCAAAGCUAACCUAUUGCUUGUUUUAUUCUUUCAGAUAUCAUUAUUGUGAGAGAUGUUUUAACGAACUUCCAGGUGAUAGUGUUCAAUUGGGAGAUGAUCCCAUGAAUCCUAGCAGGUAAUUGUGAUCUCGCAAAUGCAGUCGCAUGCAAAAAUGUUGACUCAAAAACUUGAGUAAAAUAAUGCGCCCAUAUGCAGUGACUCGAAAUAUUGAGUAAAAUUAUUUUUGCGUCAAGUAGAUCAUUACUCAAAACAUUUAGUAAAUUUGAAACUUUACGAAAGAGUGAGGUAAAUUCGCAAAUAAAUUUUAUUCAAUAUUUCGAGUCACUGACUCACUGCACUAUGGUACAUUAUUUUACUCAAGGUUUCGAGUCGAAAUACUCAGGGAUUUUUUGUAGUGCAUGUUUUAGCUACUGAUGUAUGGAAAUGUGCAUGAAAUGUACAUCACUUUUACCAAAUCAAGCUCCAUAUACUUCCAAAUUUUUCUAGGCUUUUUCUAUGCGUUGAAUAAGGUAACGUUUACACUGUCGCGAAUUUGUCGUAGCGUUAUUGAUUUGCAGCCGUAUAUAUAGUGCCAAACGUAGUGGUCCGUAGUUGGUACGCUACUGCAAACCACUCCGUUAUAAUAGAUACCUUACGAUUUUAGGACGGCAACGGCUACCAAUGCAAUAGAUCAUUGAAAAGAAUAUUGUCCUCGCUCUGUUUACAACGCUAAAUCACAGAUUUUCGCGUAUUGAUACAGCGGCUGCAUCCCAACCCACAACAAGUGCAACUCCAAACUGGGUUUAGCAGAACUCUUCCCAAUCAUAAAACCCACGUUUUCAACUUCUGAAACUGUAUUAAAUUCAUACGAUUGAUAAUAUACGACGAACUAUCUUUACUACCAUUUAUUUGAAGGAGUUUGUUUUGACCGUCGCGUUGCCGUCCUAAAAUCGUGAGGUCUCUAUUAGUGUAAACACAUGCAAUACUAAGAAACAUAGUAAAAUUUUAACGGAAUGCUAUAGCCGAAGCGUUACAGUGUAAACGCGGCCUGAACACCUAAUUCAGCAGCCAACCAAAAAUAGUAUAGGAUGUCGAAAUUGCAUUUUGCACAUUUAUAGAUUUUUGGUUAUUCUUAUUUUCAGUGGUUGUAUACAGAAGGGUAGUUUUGAAAGGUUAACAAACAAUCAUCUGGAUCCAGAACCGUAUGUAUUAUUCAGUGGUGAACGAAUGAUCACCUUCUGUUCCUGGAAAUCUUAGUUCUUUGAAGUUUAAAUUUUUUUGCCUUGUACGUGCAAUACAUAGCUUAGUCUAUAACCUACCAUCAGUCAAGGGCGUAUUUUCAUAUUUUUAAAGGGAGGGGUGGAAAAAUUUCUACCACUGAGCGAGCUUCGGCAGGGGUUAGGCGUUAGGGUUAAAGACUUUCACACAAAAUAUAGGAGGGGUGAAGCGAAAUUUUGGUGGGGUUGAACAUCGUAUAAUAGGGGUUAGAGAGAUUCUAGGGGGGAGGGUUAACCCCCCAAGUAAAUCCGCCCAUGCCAUCAGUACCAUGUGUAUACCUUACACAGUUAUUCAGCUAUCAGUCAUAUAGGUUUUCGAAAAUUAUUGCCCCCCCAUGGUGUCCACUGGUAUUAUUCAUAUUAAUUAUAGGCUUGUAUAUAGUGGCUGGUAUUAGCUUUUCUACUGUACUUCAACUCUCCUUUGCGUGAUGUAUUUAAGACGCCGUUACACGAUGUGUACACAAAUAUGUACGAAAUCGUUAUGUUUCAUGAAUCUAUUGCGCAGUUUAUUACCUCUUGCAACGAAAUGUCCUACAUUCAAACAUUGCUAGACAAUAAGUUUCAUAAACAAUUUCCACUGCCCUUGUGAGGGUAAGGAUUAAUGACAAAUAUUGUCAGUAGGUCAUGUGGGCAGAGGUGGAACAAGCACCCGAGCACCGCAGGCAGAAAUAUUUGAAAAAAUCGCAAAAAGAUAUUUGUGAUUUGAAAAUUUGAAGAAAAUCCUAAAGGAGUAACAAUUCAUGCUUGACAGCAGAGAUGUGCAAAUCCGAUCCGAAUCCGAUUCGUUCGGAUUUCGGAGCCACGAUAUUCACUUCGGAUCGGAUCGAAUUGGAAAAGUACUUUCGUAUUCGGAUCGGAUUGGACUUCGAUAACCAGGGCUGCUGUGAAAACUAAAGGCUUACGGCGCUUCCGUUUAGCAAUUUUUCCAUUUUGUUUAUUUCUAAUUGUCUGUUGUCUAACCGUAUUUGCAAAGAAUAAAAGAUGUGAGUUCUUUUGACGCGAGAUUGCGUGGCAUCUGCCAAGACUAGAGUCUAGAAUCUAGAAAUUAAAAAUUUGACAUUGAUAUACAGUUAUAUACACUUGAUUGCAAAGUUUAAUUUAUUAAAUCGGAUUUUUUUUCGGAUCAGAACGCUUUCGGAUCGGAUUCGGAUCUCAAAAAAAUGACCAAUUGUCGGAUCGUAAACCUCCGAUCCGAUGCACACUGCUAGUUGACAGUCAUAUUAUUACUCGCUUCAAACUAUGCACAAUACUUUUGGGGGCCAUGGUUAGAUUUAAGCAUGAAAUUCCAGGUUUGCAGGAAAUUUUUAUCUGCAGGCUGUGCUCACAGAUUUGUGCUCACAGAAUGAUUUUAUCCACCCAUGUUCAAUGAAACACGUUUACCUCAUCAAAUAUCAUGAAAUUGAUGUAUUGUUGCUUUACUAUUUCUGUUAUUUCUUUCGCUCUGUAGUUUGAUCGAGUGUGUGGAUUGCGGGAGGAAGAACCAUCAGAUCUGUGUUUUACAUCAUGAUUCAAUUUGGAACACUGGGUAAGGAAAUGUUAUGUUAAGCCUGCCGCACACGGGAGCAACCUGCUGAGCUAACCGCCUCGCGUGGCAUCUAGCUCAGCACGUUUCUCUCGUGUGCGGAUAGUUUUCGUGAGGAUUUGACGUCUUGAGGAAAAUGUCUAUCGUGUUUGAUAUUUUUCACCUCGCGAGGAAAAAAACUCGACGUCUGCGGAUGUUGUGAGCUUAGUGCUGAGCUGCUUCAAUCAAUUAGCCAAUGAGACACCAUAGUUUCCUCGUGUGACUUUGAACAAAGUGGAGGAAAAUGCAAACGAUUUUGUCAAUUAUGUUGUUGUUGAGUAAUUUUCCCAACGUGUGCGCUGAAAAUGCAUAGCUGAGCUGGCCGCCACGCGAGGCGGUUAGCUCAGCAAGUUUCUCUCGUGUGCGGCAGGCUUUAGCAUUCACGUUUCUGCACUCUGCCUUCAUAUAACCUCAUCAUAAUACGUGUGGAUGUGAUGGUGGAGAAAAUGUAAUAAUCAGGUUGCGAUAAUUUGCGUACUUACACCAAUAUUACGCUCUGAUACGUCUUUGUUUUCGGGCACCGUAUACGCGGAACUGCUGCUAUCUGCUGAUCUGCAUAUUUACUUGAUGUUACCACAUGACCUUUCCAAGCCCAAGUUAAGGUAUUCAAAACCGUAAAUUAGCCGGUAUACGUGUAAGUAAAUAAGUAAGUAAGUAAUAAUAAUAAUAAUGAUUUUUAGGGCAUAUAUGACUCGAAAUUUGACGGUGUUAUUUUUUAGUCUAAUUUGAAUGAUCAUUGAAAACUGUAGAGUAACUUGUUUGAUAGAUUUUUGUUUGAAGAUAUUUCAUUUUGUCAUGCUUCCUACGUCGCAUAUAUGCAUAAUGAUUUAGCCCUAAAAGCUGUAUAUCUUUAAUACGACCACACCCAUGUAGGUUUUCUGCUGAUUGUGUUUUGUUGUGGACAAAUCUCGUGCUCAUUCAUUCAUUUUGGGCGAAUUUAUUUGAUAGUGACAAAAUUAUAUAACAUUUUAAAGUAAGUCAUUAUGCAUGUGUGACGUAGAAAGUUGGUCCUUUACAUAUCAUACAAAAUGAAAUAUCUCCAAAACGAAGCAAGUUUUCUUGCUUGUUGCAAAAAUCUGUCAAAGACGUUAACUGUACAGUUUUCAAUGAUAUUUCAAAUUAGACUAAAAAAUAACACCAUCAAUUUUCGAGUCAUAUGCCCUUUAAUAUAUAGAGCUUCCACAAAGUGACUGUACAUAUACGUAUGGUAAAAACUACAUAGUCUAAAACUACAAGAACUCUAAAACAUGAAACACGACUGGACUAGUGGCGCCAGGGAAUGUUGGGAUCGAUUGUAGUGUUUGUAUGGAUGAAAUUGUUCUGCUUGUUCUAACUCGUAGUUUGAAUACCUUUCAGAAACGUGUACUCAGUGUACUUUAUUUUAAAGACUAAGUACCGCAAGCACCCGGCAGUAAUCAUAGGCGUACCAGUCAGGUACCCUGUAAUAAUAUUGUGUCGAAAUUGCUAAACUCUUUCUUUUGUUCUUUCUAGAUUUCAGUGCGAAUCGUGUCUUAAAAGGCGAGGUCUGGUGAAAAAAGAUAACAAAUAUAACUCGAAACGUAUGUAUUAUAUGUGUUAUUCAUUACGGGCAAAUUAUUAAAUAGAAUACAAAAUUUUAGAGCUAAAGUAUGGGGUGACCAGAUUUUCUGAAAAACCUGUCAUAAAUCAGGAAGACAUAAUUUCUGAUCUAACUGGACUGACUAUGUAAAUGGAAGCGCUCUACUGUCACGGUAUAUUCGAAAAAAUGUAAAGAUCAUAAACUUCAUGCAGGUUGUCGCUCGCAAACACCUUACUAGCACUUGGGUGCAGAGGUUAGAGAGCCAGUUGGAUUUCGAUUCCAGGAUCCAUUUUCAUCUCCGUGCUACUAGGUUUCGCUUGGUAGUCCCUGGACCCCCAUCUACGGGCAUGCACUAGCACUUUCUUCCUAGUUUAUGACUCGGUCAGGAUUGGUAAUCAGCAGUUAAAAGUUCAAGAGGGAAGGGGAAAUUGAGACCAUGUAUUGAACAGGAUUCUCGGUUCGGGCUCUUCACGACGUUACAUUGGACUGAUUGGAGCUCUUGCUACCGAGCACCACCGAAUUUCCAUAGUAUUUGAUUAAAUUAUUUCCCUGUGUGGUCCUAUUUCAAAUCUGCCUUAUGUCUUGCAGGCCUUCCGCACACGAAGUUAGGAGAAAUUUUAGAGAGCAGAGUUAACGAAUUUUUAAAGAAGAAUAAUUCUGGCGCUGGUCAAGUCACGAUACGUGUAGUAUCCAGUGUUGAAAAGGUCGCAGAAAUUAAACAGGGAAUGAAACCAAGGUGCGCUCUAGUUUAUUAGCAUUGCUGUUCACGUCAGGUCAGAUCUGGGUUUAUUUCAAUACAGAGAGGGAAAUGAGAGGGCGACUAAAUUUUUCAUCUGGCGAACAGGUAUUUGCAAGGUAGCUCUCGUGGCGACUGAGAAAAAAAUUAAAAUAAUCAACUAAUUCUAAAGCCCUAAAAUAUCUCAGUGAUCAUGCAUUUCAUUCUACUUUUGCAUAAAUUUUGCAUGUUUUUUAUGUUAUCUAUAUUCAGAGAGACCUAACAUUUCAAAACCUCUGUUUCAAUAGUAAAUAUUUUAGCUACCAAAAUAUAAAGGCGGCCAUUUUGAUUUAUUUGGUCUAACACAGGCACUAACAUAGCCUAUAGUCCUCAGAUGCCGCAAUUGUAGCUAACAGGUUAUGUUUGAAAAGUCGUGAUUACAUUACCUUCUGCUUGCAGCGGGAAGUCUGACAUGCAAUGAUUUCAAAUAUUACUACAGGCACAUUUUAUUUAAAAGUCUUAAAUAUGCCGACGUGGUGCUGAUUUAGAGGUCUGAACCUGUUCACAUGUUGUUAUUUUAGAUUUGACAGUUCUGCCCAAGACGGAUUUCCGUAUCGUGCCAAGGCUCUUUUUGCAUUCGAAGAAAUCGAUGGUGUAGAUGUUUGUUUCUUUGGCAUGCAUGUUCAGGAGUAUGGUUCUAACUGUCCUGUGCCAAACACGCGUCGAGUGUACAUUUCCUACUUGGACAGUGUUCAUUUCUUUCAACCACGACAUUUUCGAACGGCCGUAUACCACGAGAUUCUGAUCGGAUACUUGGAGUAUACGAGGAAAUUAGGGUAUGUCGUUAUAUAUAUAUUAAAUAUAUAUAUAUAUAUAUAUAUAUAUAUAUAUAUAUAUAUAUAUAUAUAUAUAUAUAUAUAUAUAUAUAUAUAUAUAUAUAUAUAUAUAUUAUAGUGAUAAAAUUAAGUAUAUGUACGAUAGCGGAGCCCAUAACUUUAUUUGUCAUGAUCUAGUAUACUGUACAUGAGUUGUGGUAAGCAAAUGAAAUUAAAUAUAUCUAUAGAAUUUUACCUGCCAUUUCUGAAAUAUGGCCUGCUUUUGGCCAUUGGCAGCCCGCUAUUUCGAGCCCUGCUCCAGUGUACUCUGAUCUGCAUGUUUCAAAUAUACAGUAGGAUGAUGGGUUUGAUUCUCUUUGUGAAUAUUACUCAGGCAGAAUGCUCAUGUGCAGAAAGUCAAUGCUCUGUUGAGUAUCUCGUGUGCCCUAUUUAUUUGUGGUCACUUGAUUAUUUUCGAUAGUUUUCGUUCAAAUACGUGCGUCCAGUUUUUUUUAUAUGCCCGGGUUUCGUAUACUAUAGUACGGCAUGAUGAAGAGUCAAUAAAGACGACAUUGUACACCUUUGCGAUAUUGUCACUAAUAGUUUUCAAUUUUACUUGAUCAUCAUCUUUCUGUCGCUUUCUUUGAAAAUAUGUAUUCUCGACCACAAUCACCUGUAAUAAAUGUAUUCCACCUGACAACUGGGUUUGCAUGCAUUGACAGUAAAUCCACUUCCUAUUAGGAUUAUUACGAAUGUAAUCAAUUUCUCUUAGAUACGUUUGGGCGCAUAUUUGGGCAUGUCCACCAUGUGAAGGUGAUGACUACAUCUUUCAUUGUCAUCCUCCUGAGCAGAAGAUCCCACGUCACAAACGUCUUGUGGAUUGGUACAAGAAAAUGUUGGACAAAGCUGCUGCAGAAAGCAUUGUUGUAGAAUACAAGGUAUUGUAGGAUAAUCGCAUGGGUUAUUCUUCCUUUGUUAUAAUAAGUCAUUCAUUCCUUAGUCACGGCAUCCGAAUGUGCUGGGAUGAAAUGUUUGUGUCUAAUCAUUACAUAUUAAACAAGACGCCUGCUCAGGCGUUCACACUGACCUGAAGAUGACGACAUACUGUACUUGCGCACUACGGUGUAAUAGCACGUAUUACUUAUUUACUUACUUACUUACAGUACUUACAAAUCGUGAACCGCGAACGCAAAGCGUGAAAGGCUGAAAACGUGGCGUGAUCGAUACAUGAGUGGGUGGGAUACUACCUAAGUUAUCCUGAGGAAAUGUUUUCGUAUUGUCCAAUGAAACACAAGUAUUACUCACAAAUACAAACGUUAUCCAUAAAUGUACAUGGUCUCUGAGCAUGCGAUGCACUAACGCAGACAACAUUGUCCGUAACGUAUAAAAUUUGAAAAACUCGGCGAUCCUGAUAUCGCAUUUUCCAGAGACGUUGCACGAAAAAGAACACCAAGAAAGUGCAGAGUAGGAUAAAUACAAAAUCCACAGAAAAACGCGGUAAAAUUCGUGACAAAUGAAGAAAUUGUUUGAGACUGAAAUAGUUGGGAAUAUAUCAAGAACUUAUCAGAAUAUUUAUCAUUUAUAUAUUAUAAGAAUGCAUCAAGUUACUUAAGCGUUGUAGCAUAUCUCUAUGGGACUGUCUAUGUAUAACCGAUAAGUAUUAAAAACAAAACAUGCAGACUGUGACAAAUGUAUAUGAAAUAUUAGACACCAGUCCGUGCAUGUGAUUACUCUUUCCGAACUAAGAGCUUAGUACAUAUCAGAAACGCUCGUGGCCUUGAGUAUAUGAAUCUUUGAAAAAUGAACGAAACUUGAAAGAAUACAGUGGACGUUCGUUAUUACUUUUGCUAAUUUUACUGCAUAUAGCCAUGUGUUUAUUUCGUAUAUUUCGUACGAAUGGGUAUCAUAAUAUGAAUCUUUAUAUUUACUUAUCAUUUGUCUCAUCAACUUUGCACAAUCCUUGAGAUCUCUGAGUUACUCUUUUAGAUUCACUAUACCUAACGUUUUCAUAUUCGUAAGAAUUUGAAAAGGAGAGGUCGUCCCUUACUGGUCCUAUGUUACUGCACAUCAGAGAAUAAUAUUUAGCUGCAUUUCCUUCUGAUAACGCGGAGGAAAUCGGACCACUUUGCUAGAAAAAGUUGCGGUGAUUUGUAGAGCCACCUGGAGCAGUCAUGAACUUUUCUCGUAUGUAUCUGAGGCAAAAUUGUAAUCAGACAACUGUAUAUUACAGGUUUACAGGUAUCACAGUCGCACUUUGCCACAUGUAUUUUGGAUUUUAGGCCUUUAAUAAAAAAUAAGCAUAGAUCUUAAAACCCAAAUAAUAUUUUUAUGAGUAUUUAUUACAAAGUAUUUUAAUACAAUGAAAUAAAAACCGAUUAUUAUUUUGCCAGGAUAUUCUUCAACAAGCUUUGGACGACAAUCUUGAGAAGGCAACAGAGUUGCCAUAUUUCGACGGCGAUUUUUGGCCGAAUGCACUUGAAGACAGUAUAAAGGAACUGGAUCAAGAGGAGGAAGAGCGGAAAGCCUCAGCUCUUGCUGAAGCGGCAGGAGAUAUGGUAUGUAUAACAAAUAAUUUUACGUUAUGGUUACACGAGGACGGUUGGAUUUGGAAUCGUACUCUGAAUUUUGUUGCCGAUUACAGCGAUAAACGCUAAUCUACAAUGCCACGGUCGAAGUAUCUGGUCAAAACUAACACCAUAACUCGCGAUUUGUAAUGUCAAAUUAUGUUUCGUUUCAGCAGUCUAAUUCUCAGAUAACAGAUUUAUGUGUGUGUUUGAAUUUAUAUUUGAAUUUAUAUUUGGGGAAAAUAGACGGCGGACUGCAACGAUAAGUGACUCUAGAAGUGCUUACGUCACGCAAUUUUCAAUCCAUCUAAACAUUAGGUAUUCGCAAUGCAAUGUGGGAUACAUGUGUGUCAAAUAUUCAUUGUUUGACAGUACAGUGAUGUGACGUAAGGACUUCUAAGUUCAAUAAAAUGAUUAUUGUAAAAUCGAAUUAUUGCUAUAAAUACAUCUAUGAAGUAAAUGCAUCAUUCUCAAACUAGUCUUUUACGUUUUAAUAUUUUCGUCAUCAAUAUUUGUUAAAACAGAGCAACAGCAAAGGAAAUAAAAAUAAAGCAGGCAAGAGAAACAACAAUAAGAAAGGAAGUAAGAAAAACAACCAGCGAAAGAAUACGAAGAAGCCCAAUGGUCUGGGGCUGAAUGUUUGUGAAUUAACUCAGAGACUUUACAACACCAUGGAAAAACACAAAGAGGUAUGGUGUCAUGCGUUUCAGCAUUGAAUAUUUUUUGUUGACCUACGUCAAAGAAACCUUUCUUAUGACGAGUAAACAUGAAUGACAUAACGGACUGACCCAGUGUAGGCAGUGCCAAUAAAAACAAGACUUUUGUUGGUAGGAAUGCAACUACCUGAAAAAUGCAAGGAGAAAUUCGACGUUUCGAGCGAAAGCCCUUCGUUGGGAAGUUUGUAGGCAAGUACUAGUUAGAACUCGAAACGUCGAAUUUCUCCUUUUAUUUUUCAGGUAGUUGUAUCCCUACCAACGAAACUUUUGUUAUGAAUGACUGUGUAAGCUAAUAAGUGGUUAUUGUAGGACAGAAUAAGCAUUUUGUUAUCAGCUGAGCGUUGUUAUCGAUUGGGAAUUGGGAUUUGCACAUGUUUUCCUUCGGACAUUAUAAUAUUGUAGUUGAACUUGCACCUUUAAUUAGUGUAAAAAGAUAUUAUGGAAUUACAUUAAUUCUUAAAUUAAUUUCUUUGUUAGGCUUCUUUGUUAGGCUGAUUCUUAAGAUAGGCUUUUUUCACUUUUUUAAGCACGUUUCCUAAUAUACAUGCAAUAAUUGUUAAACAAGGUUCGUAGCGGUCGAUUGCUCUCUGUUGAAGGCAAUUUAUUAGCGGUUCACUGCUCUCUGUAUUUCUUGUUGAAUAUUUUUUGUUUUUGAGACUGCGAACCGUGUUGUGCAUCAUUCUAGCAUGUAUAUUUUAAUGUUCGUUAUAUUUUAUUACCAGGUUUUCUUUGUUAUUCGGAUGUACGAAGAACCAGACAUACUUACCUUGCCUGAAACUGUAGAUCCUGACCCGCCCAUGUCAUGUGACCUAAUGGAUGGCCGUGAUGCUUUCUUAACGUUAGCACGUGACAAGCAUUGGGAGUUCUCGUCAUUACGUCGAGCCAAAUAUUCCACAAUGUGCAUGAUGUUUGAUUUGCAUAACCAAGGACAAGAUCGCUUCGUUUAUUCGUGUAAUCUUUGCAAAAGACAUGUUGAGACGAGGUACCACUGCAGCGAAUGCGAGGUAAGAUGUUUAUCGAGUUGUAAGCUCUUUCUACGUUUGCAUUGAAGUUCUCUUCUUGGUUUCCAUGACAAGAAAUUGAUUUUUUCUGUUGGAACACUAAUAAAAACGUGGUGUUUCUCAGGACUGCCAAAAUUUUGAAAAUCAAGGUAUUGGCGGAGGAUGAGUUGUCAAAUGUAGUGAAAUUGAACAAAAAUUGAUGAUACUGUAUGAAUGGUUUUGAUGCGCGAUCCGAUAGCUUUUUGUUUAAAUAUGUCCUGUUUAUUAUUUACGCUAGCGCGAGUUUAUCGCGAAUUGUAGUGAAGGUAAUAAACGUCACUUUAUAUUAUUGUUCGUCUUUCACUUAAAUUCGGGUGUGUCAAUCCGAAAUGCUCUGGCCAACCAAAUUUUUGGUGUGGCCACAGCUUUGUUAAAUACAUUGACGAAGUAGCAAGAUUUUUGAAAGUAUGUUUAUUUAUUAAUCCUGGUUAAUAUGUCUGGUUCCCGAUGGGGCGCAAGUCAAAGGACUUUAGUUGCCCCACAGAAAUUUUAGCUGCCUCGGGACGUCGGGGAGGCGAUUUGGCGAGCCCUGGUUUGUUGUAACAGAAUUGCGCAACAAGACAGAGCAGGGCAGAAUAUUUUCAAUUUCUACAACGUUUGUUUUAGUAAGAAUAUAAUGAUCGCGGUUUAUUAUUUUAUUACAUUUUGCAACGUUUCGGAUACACCACGCUGUAGAUGUUCGUUAUUUGCAGAACUACAACCCUAGCAAUGUAAAUAACAACAUCUAUAAAGGAUGAAGACCAACAGGUGAACUGUCCGAAAAGUUCUAAAAAUUUGAAUAUGAACGGAAGUGAAAGUUUUUAAAUAGACAACAAAUCAGAUACCCUGGUUCCACGAGCUCUAACGAAUAGCAAGAUUAUUAAUUAUUAAUCAUUAGCUAUUAGUUAUUAACAUUAGUUUCUUUCUUUAUCAGGACUUCGACUUAUGCGUGCCAUGUUUCAACGAGAAAGGACAUGAGCACAAAAUGGAGAAACUUGGUUUCGACUUGGAUGUCGAUCAACAAACAACUACGAAGAAUCAAACAGCACAGCCAAAUAAUUCUCAAGAACAACGGCGGUUGUCGAUUCAACGUUGUAUCGAUUCUCUUGUCCAUGCUACCCACUGUAGGGCGCAGAAUUGCAAUUUGGCGAGCUGCAUGAAAAUGAAACGAGUUGUGGAGCAUACGAAAAGUUGCAAAAGGAAAGGCAAUAAUGGUUGUCCGAUUUGCAAGCAACUUAUCGCUCUCUGUUGCUACCACGCGAAACAUUGUCGAGAACAGGAAUGUGUUGUUCCAUAUUGUCGACAUAUUAAGACGAAGUUCCGACAACAACAAAUGCAACAACAAUUUCAUCAGGCACAAUUAAUGCGUCGUCGUAUGGCUGUUAUGCGUAGUAUACAACAACCGCCACCGCCGCCGCCACCUCAACCUCCGACUAACCCCACGGGAAUGGUAAACCCAGGGGUUGGUGUACCACAUCAUUCUUCUUUACCACCUCGCCCGCCUAGUUAUGGCCAAUCUCAGAUGACGCCGGUAUCAGCCGGUGUAGCACCCCCUAAUGCUGUAGCUGCUGCUCAAGCUAUUGUUGAACAAGUGACCUCUGGGAGACCAACAUUGCCAACGCCUGCCAAUCGACCAAAUAUACCUACAGGACCUGUGAAUCCAUUCCCGAACGCUCCAACAAUGAAUGGUGCUAUGAUUGGCAAUCCAUUGAGGCCUAAUAUAAAUAUGCCUGUGGUGGGAGGCCAACCCAAUGUCCAACAACAAAUGCAAACAGCGCAGACUACAACGCGAAACUGGUAUAACGGUAAUAACCAGGUUCAACAGCCUCUAACAUCGCAACAACCACCAAUGUACGGCGCUCCAACAAAUCCCAUGGUUAGCCAACCAAGGCCGAUACGGCAAUCACGUUCACAUCUCCAGGAGCAGAUGACGCGGAUUUUAAACAUUUUGAAAAACAAUCAAGGGCAGCAAACUGCGGAGUGUCUUCAAAUGAUGAGGGAGAAUCCGCAACUCAUGGCUAUGUUUCUACGGUUACGUCAACAGCAGCAGCAACAACAGCAACAAGCACAACAGCGGCAGGUCCAACAGCAACAGCAGCAGGUUCAACAGCAACAGCAGCAGCAACAACAACUGCAACAAAUGAUGCAAAAUCAACCGGUUUCUCAACCAAUGAUGCAACAGCAGUGGCCCGGACGAAUGAGACUGACGCCACAACAACAACAACAAGCACAGUUACAACACCAGCAAGCGCAACAACUUGCACAGCAAGUACAACAACAAAAAGAACAACAGCAACAAUUACACCAACAGACGUUGCAAGCAGCGUCGAAUUUACCUGGAUUACAUCAAGGCGGUCAGGCAAUGGCUAGCCUUAAUGGUAUGAACAAUGUACAUGGAAUGUCUAAUAUGAACACUAUGAACAACAUGUCAACUGUGCAGUCAAUGCAGGGAAUGCAACAGACUGUGCCAAAUAUGGCAACUAUGCAAAACGUUCAGAACAUGGUCGGUAGUACAAACGGAAUGCAAGGCAUGCAACAGCAGCAGCCAACGCAACAGAACAUGUACAACCCGAUGCAACAGCCGUCUCCAUUUGCAUCUAGCAAUCAACGUCGCCUACCAAUGGCACAACAAGAACUUCAAUUUAACAUGAUGCAACAGCAUCCGAUGUCAAGUGGACAAUUGUUGCAGCCACCGCAAGCAGGACCACAGCAACAUUUUGCUAAUAAACAAACAUUGCAACAAAGGUUAAUGUCGCCACAAAGCACUCCGCCUCAACAGGCGGGAACAUUACUAACUAAUCAAUCACCACGGUCCGUAAUGUCACCAUCACCGCAACCCCUUCAACAACCAUCAUCGUCACCAAGGCAACCAACUAUGUCGCCAUCACCAAGACAGUCUGUCAUGUCACCACAUACUCAACCAACGCUUACGUCACCACAUACAAUCGCCUCCCCACGUCCGUCGUCCGGCGCACUUGAUACAAAUGACUUAACAGAUCCAUUUGGAUCGAACAGAAGAAUACAACAGAUACCGCCGCUCGCCUCGCCAGAACUUGACCAAGACGAAAGCGAUGCAAUAGCGCCAUUAACUCCAUCAGACCAACUGUCGAGAUAUGUAGACAAUUUAUAGGAUUCCUUUUUCGAGAAAAAUGUUUAUACUUUAGAAUAGCAUAUUGGCCGAACGCGGCCUGGAUUUUAACAAUGUGUCGUCGCCCAAAGCGUACGACAAUGAAAUUUUCUAAACGUAAUGGAUUUCAAUAUUUGUAUACAGCCCGAAUAAAUAAUUAAUGAUAAGCGAUUGUAGUUUUAGCAGUAGAGAUCUCCCAUUCACACAAAGUAUUUGUACAAAGAUGUCUUAUUUGAAAGUAUAUUAUAUAUUUGUGAGUGUGUGCAUUUUCAAUUAGAAAGAACUACCAAAUUUAAUGUAUCUCAACCAUGGAGAUUAAAUAAGGUAUUUUAGAAUAAAGAGUUUUUAGUCGUUAUUUUUCUCAAGACCAGGAGGGGAAAAAUACGUCAUUAUUCAACCAGUUACGUUUUCCGCUUUGAGGACUCUCCCUCUACUGUUUAUACUAGAAAUACAUGCAUGCGGCAACCCUCGCUUUUAUUUUCCAAACAUUGUUUUAACAUGAAAUAUUCCGAAUUGCGCCAACACUAAACGAAGGCUCGUG